GUCACACACAGUGGUUGGAACAAUCGCUUUAGUUCGCAUAACUGUAAACCGACCCUCUGACCCAUGAUUUUGACAGGCCAUUUUCUUGUUUUGGUUCCAUUUUGGCAACUUUUACUGAUGUGAUUCAGUGGUGGUUAUUUUUCAAGAUGUCACGCAAAUAUUUCAUUAUCUGUUUAGUGGGUGUGUUUUGGACUGUUCUUCAAACGAGCUUCCACUUGGUUUUCGUCGUCUUUUCCUACUACCUGGCAAUCUGUGAGAAACGCGCUACAGACGAAAACUCCAUAUUUUUUUACCUCACUUAUUUAUAUAAUAGUGGUUGCUCCAAACCCGAGUUAAUCAAAGACAAUGGCAACGCUUCAAUAUCAGCUGGUUACCUGUUUAAAUUUGUAAAUAAAUUUUACUUUGAGAGCGAAGUUUCAACUACUCUUGAAGAGGUAGUGGAAGCAUUGCUGAAAAAUCUUGACGUUUUCCCAACUAGUGCACAGUAUUCUUCACGGACCACCGUAUUCUUGUUGUGUUUUAUUAUCCUGGAUGGUGCCUGGAUCGUGUCUGCAGUUUCGCUUUUAAUGGGCACGUGUUUCGGCAUAAAGGAGUCUCUGUCUUUGUGUUUUUAUUUGCCAUGGUUGAUAUUGACCAUUUGUGUGUCAAUAUUUGACGCUACGGCCACUGUGUUUUUUACCUUCGACAUUUUCGCAACCACGACCUUCUCAGACUGGUUAAAGUUCGUUGGUAUCACCCAAGAUCCGCCCCAACUCUCACAUUUCUCAACCCUCCCACUAUCCAUCACCGCCGCCCCAUCGCUAACCCUCGGCUCAGUAAGCGCGCGCUUCAUCGUCAUCUGGAUCACCAACUGGAUCUGCGUUUUCUUCAUCGCCCGGGCCACAGUUUUCGCCUACCGAGAAAGCUACAAGAACGAAACCCUUAACCAACCGCGCGCUUUGGCCGAAUCGCCAAGUCGUCGAGCCCGGGUCGACGAUCCUGAUACCUCUGCAGCUCGAAUAAGAAACUGGCAGAUUUUCUACGGUUCUGUGGACGCAGCGAGUAUCCGCAGCGGGAAAUCUGUGGAAUCAGAAAAACAUAGAGGCUCGAAUAGUAAAGAAGACAUAGAAGGGCAGGACGAGGUCGGUUCUCCCACUACUAAUAAUUUUUAUUACGCGUUUCCGGAUGUGGCGGAGAAUGUGGUGGAGAUUGGGGCGUGUUUAGAGGAGUUGAGGGGGCAGUUGCCGUGGUCGUACACUCAACCUCAAGAAAAAAAAGAGACUGGGGAAGAGAGGAUUGAGCUUGACAUACUGCCGAAGAGGCACUUGAGGGUUAAGUCAGAUUCGUCGGGUUCUGGGACGGAACUUUGAGAUCAUGUGCUGGCUAGUGAUUUAUUUAACUCAUAUGAAUGUACCUAGAUGUAUUUUUUUAUACUUUUUUAUACUUGUAAAUAAAGGCUGGAUUAAAAGAGA